AUGAAGAAGUGGGCAAUCCAAAUCCACCCGCCCGAACCGGAUAUUGAAGCAGUGAAAGAUGUGAUGCUUCUUGUGCAUCGACUGGGUCAGCAAAGGAACAACAUGGUUGAAGAAGAAGAAAUCUUAAUAGUCAAUAAGUGCCCAGAAGAAGAAAUGAGAUUCUAUCACCACCUUUGGGACGAAGAAAAGGUCAAUUAUAUCGCGCCUCUACACCCUACUUUCGUUGGAAAACGCUUUCCCCUCUCCAACGCGACAAAGCAGCUCCGAAGCGAACAGCAGGACUUCUACGCCGCUAUCAAAGUAGUUUACCCUUUACACCUCAGAAAAUGGGUACCCAACAAAGUCUUUUCUUGA